UGGCAGGCCGGGCUCCGCGGCCUUCUCAUCUUUUUGUCUGAGAACUGGAUCCCUCUGCCGCUCUACAGUGUGUGCGAUAGCCUCGGAGCUGCGUCCGUAACACACUGUCAAACCACUCCAAACGAAUACAACCGCGACCAAAAGCAUUAAUUCAACACCUUCUGCCAUGGCGUUUCUAAUCCGCCGGUAAAUCGGUCGUAUUUGUGACUGUUCGUUGGAACUUAGUCCGGGCUUGAAUCGGGCUGGCUUUCUGUGUGCAUCAGUCUUUAUUAGCGAGCUGCCGCUCUUCUUGCUAUCAGCUAUUUCUUUAACUUUUUAAACACUCAGCUUCGCGAAUGACUGAGCGCCGGCGGAGUAUGGGAUCCUUGGUGUCUUAAGAAGCGACUGAAGUGGGGUUUAACCGUUUUUGCAUGCAAAAACAAUGGCAAAUUCGACGGGGAAAAAUCUACAAGAUCAGCGAAGGAAAGGACAGGCUUUCCUGGACGAGCUGCGGCAAUUUCACCAAAGCAGAGGAUCACCGUUCAAGAAGAUUCCUAUCGUGGGUGGGAAAGAGCUGGAUCUGAAUGCUCUCUAUGUCAGAGUCGUCUCUUUAGGUGGAUUCGCUAAGGUCUCUGACAAAAACCAAUGGAUUGAACUUGGAGAAGAAUUUAAUUUCCCAAGGUGUUGUUCCAACGCUGCAUUUGCUUUAAAACAGUACUACCUUCGAUACUUGGAGAAGUAUGAGAAAGUCCACCACUUCGGCGAGGAUGAUGAGGAAUCGCAGCCGGGGAAUCCCAAAGCCUCUCUUCCAAUUGGUGCAAUUCCCUCCUCUUAUAACUACCAGCAACACAUUGUAUCAGACUAUCUUCGCCAAAGCUAUGGGCUGUCUACAGAUUUCGUUCCACCGUGUGACUACAACAAAUUGGUGCUGUCUCUCCUUUCGGGCCUACCCAAUGAAGUGGACUUUGCUGUUAAUGUUUGCACUCUGCUAUCCAAUGAGAGCAAGCAUGCCAUGCAGUUGGACAAGGACCCCAAACUGGUUACGUUGCUGCUGGCUCAUGCCGGUGUCUUCGAUGACUCGUUAGGCAGCUUUUCAGGGGUAUUUGGGACGGACUGGAAGGAGAAAACCUCUCGGGACUUUGUCAGGUUCUGGAAAGAGGUGGUGGAAGACACUGAAGUCAGAGAGCUGAUCUGGGACAAAAGCAGCCUAGCACAAGAUGAUACAUCGGGUGAGGGGCACUGGCAGAGUCUCUUUCAUCCACCGCGGAACCCAGGUAUCGGUGACAUGGAGGCCCAGCGGGUGCUACAGAUUGCCGUUAUCCUACGAAACCUCUCCUUCGAGGAGGCCAACGUCAAGCUGCUGGCGGCCAACCGAACGUGCCUGCGCUUCCUUUUGCUCUGUGCCCACUGUAACCUCAUCUCACUCCGACAGCUCGGACUUGACACGUUGGGCAACGUGGCAGCUGAGCUCCAGCUGGAUCCCGUUGACUUUCGGACGACUCAUCUGAUCUUUCACACAAUCACCAAAUGCUUGAUGUCCAGAGACAGGUUUCUCAAAAUGAGAGCCAUGGAAAUUCUGGGCAACCUCAGCAAGGCAGAAGACAAUGGUGUGCUAAUCUGCGAGUAUGUGGACCAGGACUCUUACAGGGAGGUAAUAAUGCUCCUCACCCUGCCUGACCUCAUGCUCCUCAUGGCCUCCCUGGAAGUGCUGUACCUACUGGCUCAGCUCGGAGAGGUUCCCUGCAGCAAGAUCGCCUCUGUCGAUCAUAGCAUAGACUUGUUAGUGCGGUUAGUAUCAGUUGACCUUCAUACGUUUGGACCUGACGCCCUAACAGCAGUGCGGUUGAUUGAGCAUCAAGCCAACACUGAACAGGCAGCUGAGGUUCGACCACAGCUGGUAGAGCAGGUACCUGCAGCUGUGCAAGGAGCACCAGCACCUGUGACGAGGGUCCCUGUUCAACCCAAUCAACCACCACCUGGUAUUGUAGAAUUAGAUGGGGAAAAAUUUACACUGCAGUGGUUAAAUGCACACUUUGAGACAAACUCUGAGGGCACUGUGUCUCGAUCAGAAAUGUACUCUGAAUAUCUGGCUACAUGCAGUAAAAUGGGACGAAGCAACAUCUUAAACUCCUCUGGCUUCCUCAAAUGUCUGCGGACUGUGUUCCCAAACCACACAAUGCGUCGGCAAGAGGAGGCCCGGGCCAAUGUCCAGGUUCAGAUUCUGUUGGUAGGGCUAAGGCGAAGGUCAAUCCCCUUGCCCAUCCAGCUGUACUACCAGCAGCAGCAACAGAGUCCUGCAGUACCUCCAGUAGCUCGACAUGAAGUCCCUGGAGACCCUCAAGCCCCACCACCAGGAUUACCUCCUGGGCAUCCCAGUCAUGGACCACAGUUUUCCCGGGCCCAGGUUUCCAGUAUGAGCCCCAGUGGCGGUGCUCCAUCCAUGGCCUUGCCUGCGCAGGAAUCUCCUCAUGCAAACCACCCGACUGUUUCCCGUCACCUGGUCCCCCCACAGUUAACACCAAACACAUUGGCAGCAACACAACAACCGCAGCAGAUUCGAUCUGGUCCAGUGGUCCAGAUUCCAUCAUCCACAGCAGCCACACAGAACCACAGCCCCCAGAAUGUGUCUGCACCACUUCCGGCUCAGCAACAACACUCUCCCAUGCUUCCCACCGGAACCCCCGUCACACUUUUUCAGCAGGUACCACAGGGCCACAUCCUCACGGCCCGGGUACAAGGUGUGUGCCCGCCAAUCACCCAGCACUCACCCCUGCCUCAAACCCCUCCCUUGUCUGGGCCUCAGGUUGGAGCUACCCAGGUAGACCCUACUGUACUGGCAUCUUCUUCUUCCUCCUCCAUGCAGGUGGGGGGUGGUCAGGGGCUCAGUGUCACUGGCGUGCCCAAUUCCCAGGGGUCACGUGUCACUUUUCAGAAUAUCGCCCCUAAACCAGCGCCAACCCAGUCAGGUGGAUCAGCAGCCACGAUAGCCCCUCCCAACCAGCAGCCUCAGCCUCAACAGCCACAAAGUGUAGUCAUAGUCAGUCCCAACCCCCAACAGAACCCAGCCUACACCCCUGCCAUACACCAGAUUGUUCUUGCCAACCCCUCCACUAUUCCUACUGCCCAGACUAUCCAGAUAGCUGGGCAGCCUGGAGCUGCUUCCAGCCCCUGUCCAUCAUCAUCCCACUCCAACACACAGGUCCAGCCCAAUCAAACUGUCAGCCAUGCACUGUCCAUGAAAAGGCAGCAACAGCAGCAGUCGCUCCAAAUUAUUUCUCCAGCUCCUCCCCCCCAGUCUACCUCCACUGAGUCCAGCUUGAUCAAACAGCUACUGCUUCCAAAGCGAGGGCCAUCUACACCGGGAGGAAAGUUGAUCCUUCCCGCCCCACAGGUCCCUCCUCCCAACAGCACGAUAGCCCCUAGUCCACAGGUCCUUUACCAGGCAGGUUACAGCACCCAGGGACCCUCUCCUCAACCUCAGCAGCUCAAUGUUCAGCUAGUGCCUGGCCAGCUUCCUGGCCCAGGAGCCCCAGCCCUCCAGACAGUCCAGCUUGUGCCAGGCCAGCUGAUUUCUACAAGUAGCCCAGGGGCGGCUACCAUCAUCCAGGCGCCCGCAGCAGCUGGACAAGUAACGUUCACAGUGGUCCCCAAUACUGGCUUCACCACCUCUACUGCUGCUGUUGCUGCCGUCAGCCAGGGUGCUGUGGCUCCAAGUGUACCCCCUCCUCCAUUUUCUACUGGAACAGUGCCCCAGCACACCCCAGCGGCUCCACCACCACCGCCACCACUGCCAGCCCCCCUCAGAGGAGACAAGAUUAUUUGUCAAAAGGAGGAGGAAGCCAAGGACGCCACGGGAUUGCACAUCCAUGAGAGAAAGAUAGAGGUGAUGGAGAACUCCUCUUUGGCAGAGGGUGACUCUUCCAUUGGUAAAAGUAAUGGUGAAGUUGGGGCAGGUGCCAAGCUGCUAAAUGGACGGAAGUGCAUGGAGUCUAAUCUACCUCCAUACCACUCAGGGAACAGCCAGGGGGCACUUAAUGGCCCUGCUACACAGAGUCACCCUGCUAAUGGGAAGCAGGCCCUCUCCCCUGGUACAAACACCCCACUGGAGGGAAACCCCGACCCGAAAAAGACUCUUGUCAAUGGGGUGUGUGACUUUGAACGGGGUGACAGUGGUGGCAAUUUUAACAAAAACAUUCCAAAUCACAUUGCUUCCAAACAGUACUUGGGGAAUGGGGAGGUGGACCCCUCUGAGAAAACUCACGGCUCAGAUCCCCCUCUCCCUAGUCCUCCUCCCCCCCAGCAGGACACUGCCAAAGCCCAGCAGGCUGAGCGCCUGGCCAAUGGACCCCAGGCAUUAGGCACACGGCCUCCCUCAGAAUUAACUAAUGGACCUGUGGGGCCGGGCCACGCUGUGCCUGUGCUAAGACAGCAACUGCUCCCCAGUUGUUCCCUCCCCUCCACUGUUACUCUUAACUCCCAGAGUCUUGCUGUCUCAACUGCAAAUGGAGUGACCUCUGAGGCUCGAGGCCUCAAAAGGCCAGCUGAGAAUGAGGACCGCAGCACAGCGGCAGCAUCAUCGGGGAUCCCUAAUAAAGUGGGGGUGCGGAUUAUCACCAUCAGUGACCCCAACAACGCCGGCAGUAGUGCCACCAUGGUGGCAGUGCCAGCAGGAACAGACCCAAGCACAGUAGCCAAAGUAGCAAUAGAGAACGCCACUCAGCAGAGGAACUGCACGCCCACACAGGCAGCUGGCACGACGCCUACUGUUACCCCAUCCUCACCUCCUGUAUCCCAGCCUUCGCCAGCGGGCAACCACAGUCCUCACCUCCCAACGCAGCAAACCCCCUCAGCAGCACCACCAGAGCAAAACAGGAAAGCAGGGCAGAACUUCAAGUGUCUGUGGCAGUCCUGUAAACGGUGGUUUGAAACGCCAUCUCAGGUGUUUUACCACGCCGCAACGCAACAUGGUGGGAAAGAUGUGUAUGGGGGCCAGUGCCAAUGGGAGGGAUGUGAACCCUUUC